GUACGCUUGGAGUGGCGACUGUACACGACGGUUCAUCGUGUUGUGAAGACGUGAGCGAGGGCGGGUGCGAGGACGGCGACAGCGAGGGCGUGUGCGAGGCGCCCCCGGCCUGCCACCCCGCCACCGACCCGCCGCCCCCGCCGCCCUUCAGCCCGCCGCCGCCGCGCCCGCAAGCCAUGGAGGGCCGAGCCGCAGCCGCAGCCACCAAGUUGGGCCGCAUGUCGCCCUCUGUGUACGUGGGCGGAGGCACGCUGGGCCGGGUCAGCCCGGGCCAUGACCUCGGCUACCACACGCUCGUCACCCGCCAGACGCCCACGCCCACGCGCGACCGCACGACGCCGUCGCCCUGGUCCGACGUCAGAGCCUCGCCCUUCCCUGCGCUCGACCUGUCGGCGCUGUCCUCGUGCCCGCGGUCGUCGCCGCGCCCACAGCUGCCGCAGGUGCCGCCGCAGCAGGGCCAGACGACGCCGCAGCCACAGCCGCAGCUGGAGACCACGGACCAGCUGCUGGCCACGUACAAGGGCAAGCGCGUGGCGCGGUCGUCGCCGUUCGACAAGCUGAGCGACGAGCUGGUGGUGCGCAUCCUGUCGUUCCUGCCGACCAACGCCGUGUGCCAGUGCGCGCGCGUGUGCCGCAGGUGGUACGUGCUGGCGUGGGACCCGCGGCUGUGGGCCACCAUCACGCUCACCAGCGACGCCAUCCACGCCGACAGGGCCAUCAAGCAGAUCACCAGACUCCUCGCCAGGGACUCCGGCGGCUGCGUCCACGUCGAGAAGGUGAUCCUCAACAGCUGCUCCCGGCUGACGGACCGCGGGCUGUCGCUGAUCGGGCGCCGCUGCCCCGAGUUGCGUCAUCUGGAGAUCAAGGGCUGCGUCAACGUCACCAACAUCGGGAUCUUCGAGCUGGUCACGCAGUGCGUCAAUCUCGACCACUUAGACGUCACCGGUUGCCACCAGAUCACCUGCAUCCACCUGACCCAGCAGGGCAACGUGGAGCCCGAGCCCAUGCAUUCCCGACAGCUUUACCUCCAGUACCUCGACAUGACGGACUGCUACGCCCUCGAGGACCAGGGCCUCAAGGUCAUCGUCAAGAACUGUCCACAGCUCCUCCACCUAUACCUCAGGAGAUGUAUUAAUAUCACAGACGCGGGGGUGAAGCACAUGGCCAGCUACUGCCUGAUGCUGCGGGAGGUCAGCGUGUCCGACUGCGUCCAGAUCACGGACUUCGGCAUGUACGAGCUGGCCAAGCUGGGCCCCAACCUGCGCUACCUGAGCGUGGCCAAGUGCGACCAGAUCAGCGACGCGGGCAUCAAGCAGAUCGCCCGCCACUGCUACAAGUUGCGCUACCUCAACGUGCGGGGCUGCGAGGCUGUCAGCGACGACUCCAUGGAAAUGGUGGCCCGGUCGUGCCCGAGGCUGCGGGCGCUCGACAUCGGCAAGUGCGACGUCACCGACAACGGCAUGAAGCUCAUCUCGGAGCACUGUCCGAACCUGAAGAAACUCUCCGUGAAAUCGUGCGAUAUGAUCACCGACCGCGGCGUGCAGUACAUCGCGUACUAUUGCCGCGGGCUCCAGCAGCUCAAUAUUCAGGACUGCCAAGUGACUAUCGAUGGCUACAGGACAGUCAAGAAGCACUGCCGACGAUGUAUCAUAGAACAUACUAACCCCGGCUUCUUUUAGUGGUGUGCGCGCUCGUGCGUCAGUGUUCCCCAGUG